AUGCUGUCGUUAGUGUUGAAAUGCAUGCUGCUGUGUGCGUUAAUGCAUGGAACAGUGUUUUCCUGUAUGCUGAAGAAUCACACCAUAUGGAUUGAGAGGCAAGACUGCGGCCAGUGUGUGGCAAUCAACACAACCAUAUGCAGCGGCUACUGUCACACACAGGACACCAAUUUGAAAGGAAGGUUCGGAAGGAUGUUCCUGAUCCAGCGCAGCUGUGUGCCUCUCUCUCUGGUGUACCGAGCCGUCCAUGUUCCGGGCUGCCCUCAGGAUGUAAACUCACAGCUGUAUUAUCCUGCGGCGCAGCGCUGCAGCUGCAGGCGCUGCAACACGCGCUCGCACCACUGUGUCCGCACCAGCCGGGUCUCUAAAGACCGAUGCACCGUGACCCUGGGCGGUGUGAAGAACCAAACCCAGCCCGCUGUGAAAAACUGACAAUAUGCCUAUAGAUGCAAUGCACAUGCAUGCUAA